CCCUACAAAGCAAAGCAAAGCAAAGAAGGAUUACGCUCUCUUCGCAUUCUUCCAAUAGAAGCCAUCAUAUUAUUCUUUGGCUCUGCCAAAUCGCUACUCAAUCGAAUAGUGUUGUCGUGUAGCUUCUCUCCAUGGCGUCCGCCGACGGCCGCGGUCUCCGGCGGUUCCUGUUCAGGUCCUCCUCGUCGUCCAGGCCCCACGCGGCGGCCGACCGGAACCCCCUGAUAGGACCCCCUCCUCAUCCUCCUCCUCCUCCUCCCCGGCCGCGUCCGUCUUCGCCGGGCAGGAAGAAGGGGCUCGCGGCGGCGGCCUUCCGCGGGCUCGGCUGCGCGUCGGCUGCGGCCUCGCAGGCCUACGCGCCCGCCGCGGCCGCCGUGAGGUCGUCGGCGGACUGGCAGGGGAAGCGGCCGCGGCGGCGGAGGGCGAAGAAGAAGAAGAAGGAGGGGAGGGGCGCGGUGGGCGGGGACGUCUGGUGCGCCCCCGGGAUGCCGUUCGCGGCCGAGGCGUCCGUGGACUGCGUCAUGGCGCAUCAGCCGAUGGUUGGAAGAGGAAGGUUUGAUGCCGCCGAGCGGAUCCACAGAGAGGUAAGGCCUUACAUUCCCAGAAGAGUUAGCCAUCAAGAACAAAUCUCAUCGGCCACGGAUUCUCCCUCGAAUCUUGAUACACCGUUCUAUGGACCUGGUCUCUUGCCGUUGGGUCAUCUUCGCCACUUGCGUGGAUAUCACCGUACUCCCGGCGGGCUUGAGGAGAUUAUGAUGUUCCAGACCAGAGUUCUAUUACGUGGAGGAAUGGAAGUGUAUGACCAAUUCCGAGAUUGGCGACUUGAUGUUGAUAACAUGUCAUAUGAGGAACUACUUGAGCUUGGUGACAGAAUUGGGCAUGUGAACGCAGGACUCAGAGAGGAAGAGAUUGCACGUAGUCUCAGGAAAACUAAGCAUUCAGUUUUUGAUGCUUCGGCAAACCAUUUCUCGCCUGAAGUAGAAUGGAAAUGCAGUAUUUGUCAAGAAGAAUAUGAAGGGAACGAUGAAACAGGAAGGCUGCAGUGUGGCCAUAGCUACCACAUGCACUGUAUAAAGCAGUGGCUUCUGCUAAAAAACGCAUGCCCGGUUUGCAAGACACCUGUUCUUAAAACUUAGUUUGCCGGUCAUAGAGCCAAAAAAUCUUUCUCUUUAUAGCUUUUGGCCGUGAUAAACAGUGUAUUCAUUGAUUUUUGUUGUGAAUUAAACUUGCUGGUAGAGUUGUGUCA